AUACAUACGUACGUAUGUCUUCAGUCCGGCCUCAGAAGUGGUUCUGUAGUGAAAGUAGGAUAGCCAAAUCAGUCGUCCCCGUAAGCAAGUGCGGUGCUUACAUCCGUGGAUUACCUACUUCAUGUCAACGAUGGUUACAAGAAGCAAUUGUCACGUCGUCCAUCACUAAGGCCUUGAAGCAGAAGCAACCAGAUUUGGAAGGUUACUAGUUAGUCGAUAGCCAACCGCAGGAUGGCUCUCACAUCGCACAUGUUCACCAAAUUCCGGGUGGCGGGUGUUGCCGCCACUCUGACUAUUGUCGUGCUCCUGCACUUUGGACCUAGUGCUUUGGCUAGUGAAUUCGAUUACAUUCAGAACUAUGAGUUUGACUUCUUUAACGAACACACGCUGGAGGAGAUCCUCUACGGCGACGAGGAUCAACCUCAAGGCGCCCCGAGGUCCUCAGCCUCGGAAUCCCGGAGACGGAAACGACAGGCCCAGGUGAGCUCAUUGCCACAGAUUUCCUUCCGAGAAAUGGCUGCCAUCGUAUCCGAGGCUGAAGGAGCGAUCAAGAAUCGCUUCGAUUUGCUGGAGCCGUCCAUUUAUGACAGUGAUGCUCGACAACUGCCCAAGUCUCCGGAAUGGUUCAUGUCGGCCUCAGCUAAGAUUAAGAUUCUGGCCAAGAAUAUCUCCAAGGUAGCCUUAGUGUCCGAAGAGGCCACCAAUUACAUUGCCAAGAAACAUAAUCUCACCCGGGAUGAGAUCACCUUUGGAUUACCGUUGGCUGACGUCCGUGGCACGACCUUGGGAGAGCAAUGCCUCAUCAAGGUGGAUUAUCCUUGUCAGCCGGGCAAGUACCGAGCCUAUAACGGCUACUGCAACAAUGUUCAAAAUCCCAAUUGGGGCGUGUCCAAUAGGCGUUAUUUGCGAUACAUUCAGUCGGAUUACGCGGAUGGGAUCAGCAUCCCACGUCAACGGACCAACGGAGAAUUUCUGCCUAGUCCCAGAUCCGUGUCCGUGGCCAUCCACACGGAUUCCUUCAACGAGCACCCGCAUCUGAUGGUGAUUGCCGCUAUAUGGGGCGAGUUCAUAUACCACGAUGCCGCACACACCCCGCAAAUGGCGGGCUAUCUGGGGCAACGCCUCAAGUGCUGCGAUGUGGAGUUUGAUCAUUUCCACCCUGAAUGCUAUCCCAUUAAGAUUUCCACCAAUGAUCCCUUUUAUGGCAAGUUUGGUGUCACUUGCCAAGAAUACGCCAGAUCUGCCACUGCUUCAAGAACAGGUUGCACUUUGGGCCCCAGGGAACAGAUCAAUCAGGUCACAUCGUUCAUUGAUGGAUCCACCAUCUAUGGGAGCUCCAAGGAGGAGGCCGAGAGCCUGCGAACCUUUACGCUGGGGCAAUUGAAGACGCAAUUCAACGCUCAUCGAGAUGAAUUACUGCCCCCAGAUCAAAACAGCUUGGACUGCCAAGACUCGGUCGGAAAGAAAUGCUUUAAGUCCGGUGAUGUGCGGGUCAAUGAACACCCUGGUAUGGUUGCCAUUCACACGCUCUGGGUGCGACAACACAACCAAUUGGCCACGCAAUUGGCCGACCUCAAUCCUCAUUGGAAUGAUGAGCAGAUCUUCCAAGAGACCCGCCGAAUUGUGGGCGCUCAAAUCCAGCACAUCACCUUCAAUGAGUACUUGCCCACUAUUCUGGGCAAGGAGACCAUGGACAAAUACUCUCUCAGCCCCAAGAAGAUGGGUUUCUACUCGGGAUACGAUAUCAACACAAAUCCUGGCACUGCCAACUCUGUCGCCACUGCCGCUUUCCGAUUCACCACGUCCCUUUUGCCUGCCAUCUUUCAGUAUUAUGAACAAUCGGGUUCAAAAGUCAAGGUCGAGAAGCUGAGUGAAGCCUUUUACAAGCCAUUCAGUCUUUACGAGCCCCAGAUGAUUGACAAUAUCCUUCGAGGAAUCACGAAGAGCCACUCCCAAUCGGAGGACAUCCAUGUCAACGGUGAGAUGACAAAUAAAAUGUUCAUGAAUGCCACCACAGGAAUGGGUCUCGACUUGGUCGCGCAAAUCAUUCAACAAGGUCGAGGUCACGGUCUGCCUGGAUACGUUAAAUGGCGAUCGUUCUGUGGUCUACCAGAGGUCACCAAGUUCGAACAAUUGAAGGAUAUUAUGACGGUCGGUACAAUCCAAGUGCUUAAGAAUACCUACAGCUCCAUCGAAGAUAUUGACCUUUUCACGGGCGGUCUGGCCGAGGUGCCCUCAAAAGGAGCCGUGGUUGGGCCUACAUUUGCCUGUCUGAUCGGUCGACAGAUGUUUUAUUACAAGUCUGGAGAUCGCUAUUGGUACGAAAACGACAUCCCACCCUCUUCUUUCACCAAGGAACAACUGAACGAGAUCAGGAAGGUGUCUUUGGCCCGAAUCAUUUGUGACAACACCAAGACCAUCGACUUUAUCCAACCCAACGUCUUCUUGGAGUCAGAUCCAUUCUUGAACGCCUUGAUGCCUUGCAGUGGAAACUCGGUGGUCCAAAAGAUGAACCUCAACGGCUGGACCACUGCCUCUCCGAGAUUUAUUGUGCCCGAUAAUAUGCUCCUGGACGCCAUUGAGCGAGCCAAACGAGACGUGAGUGUGAUCAAGGAUCGGGAGUGGAACCUGUUCAAGAGUGGAAACACUGCCGACCCCAAAUCGCCCACUGGCUCUUCCUAUGGGUUUAUGAAACCAAAGGUUCAAUCGAGUGAAAUUUCAAACACGUCGUUUGUUCUCCAAUUUGCUUCCCGUCGAUUUUUGGACAACCUUCUCACAGGAGAGGAUGGAGAACGUCGAAACCGACAAUUGCAAGACGCCGAAUUUGGCAACAAAGGCAUUGGAAACCUCCAAGAGUUGAUGGAUGUACUGCCAAAUAUUGAUGUCUCAGAUGUUAUGGACAUUCCAAAAGUAUUCCAAUGUGAUGAACAAACACUGCCCUGUGAUCACACCACCAAAUACAGAACCCUUACUGGAUGGUGUAACAAUCUCAUGUUUCCUGAAUACGGGAAAUCCAUUCGAGCCUUCACCAGACUCUUAGCCCCGGCUUACGAUGAUGGUCUGAUGAGUCCCAGGAGUCGAUCCGUAAAAGGGCGUCCCCUACCCAGUCCCAGAUUGGUCUCUGUCAACAUUCACAAUGAUGUCAGUGCACCUCACGUCAGAUAUUCGCUCAUGAUGAUGCAAUGGGGUCAAUUUGUUGAUCAUGACAUCACUCAUACUCCAGUCAAUCGAGGAUUUGGGGAUUCGAUACUGGAGUGUAAGGAUUGUGACGCCAAAGAGCGCCUUCAUCCUGAAUGUCUGCCAAUUCCUGUUCCUGAAGGUGAUCCCUUCUUUCCCAAGAUCAAUAUCACCUCUGGGAAGCCUUUUUGUUUGGCCUUUACUCGAUCCAUGCCUGGUCAAUUAACGUUGGGCUUCCGGGAACAGAUGAACCAAAUCACUUCCUUCUACGACUCCUCCAAUGUGUAUGGAUCUGACUUGUGCGAGAUGAGAGAGCUCAGAGAGUUCCAAGGAGGUCGACUCAAUACCACCCACCAAUUCCACGGAGGUCGAGAUCUCUUACCCUUGACCACUGAGAACGCCGAAUGCAAGGCCAAGUCAGGCUUCUGCUUUGAGGCUGGCGAUGCCCGAAAUAGUGAGCAACCGGUUCUUACUGCCAUUCACACGCUCUUCAUGCGACUCCAUAACCAAGUGGCUGAUGAGCUAAGUCGUCUCAAUCCACAAUGGUCAGACGAGACCUUGUACCACGAGGCCAGACGCAUUUGUGGAGCCAUUCAGCAACACAUCACUUGGAACGAAUUCUUACCGCGAGUUUUAGGCUGGAAUGCCAUCAAACUCUACGAAUUGAGCCUUCUCUCGGAAGGCUAUUUCCAUGGUUACGAUGAGAAGUGCAAUCCCACAGUCUUGAACGAGUUCGCCUCCGCGGCCUUCAGGUUUGGUCAUUCACUCUUGAAACCGACUUUCAAACGAAUGGACAACAAAUAUUCCGAACGGGGCCCAGACCUGAAAUUGGCAGACAUGUUCUUCAACCCUGAUAAGCUGCACGAGCCUGGAAUGAUUGAUGACUUGGUGCGUGGUGUUUCAACCACUUCCAUGGAGACACUGGAUCAAUUCAUCACUGAAGAAGUGACCAACCACUUGUUUGAGGACAAAAACACCCCUUACUCUGGUUUAGAUCUAGCCUCUUUGAACAUCCAACGUGGACGAGAUCAUGGCCUGCCAGGAUAUAAUUUGUACCGAGCUAUUUGCAACCUAACAAGGGCUGACGACUUCCCCGAUCUUCGAUGAGAAAUUGCCCUUCCCGUCAUUGAGAGGCUAAAGCGAACCUACGACCACGUGGACGACAUUGAUCUAUUCACAGGUGGACUUGCCGAAACACCGCUUCAUGGGGGAUUGGUGGGACCCACCUUUGCUUGCAUCAUCGGCAUUCAAUUCAGAAAUCUGAGGAAAUGCGACCGAUUCUGGUAUGAGAGUGGCAACCCUCUGAUUCGUUUCACGGAUUCUCAGUUGGCAGAGAUCCGAAAGAUCACUCUGUCGAAAGUGAUCUGUGACACGAGCGACGAGGUGAUCUCCAUCCAACGGGCAAACUUUGACAUCCCUGACCCGUUCCUCAAUCCGCGGGUCAACUGCGACGCCCUACCCGGGGUUAAUCUCGAGUUGUGGAAAGAGCGAAUCACCUGCAAAGUCAACGAUCUAAGCAUCGAAACGGGUGACGCUCGAAGGACCUCUCCCUGUGUCAUGUGCACAUGUACCAAAGAGGGUCCAUUGUGCCAAUCCCUGAAGAUUGAGAACUGCUUCCAUCUAGCGCAAUCCUUCAGCCGACAAGCCAUUCUACAAGACCAUGUCUGCAAAGUACAAUGUGCUUUUGCCUUCCGCGCGUUCCCAUCGGUGAAGACCGGAGAGAAUCGAAUCGGAUUUAGCUAAAUAAUACCAGUCAACACAUUGUAUCAACUACUAUGCUUUACUAUAUUAUUCAUUUUAAUAACCAUCAUGGAGUGUUGUACCUCAACUCAGGUGCUCUCAUAAAAUAAUCUUACAAUAAAAAUACAACCGUGCUAAGUGUC